AUGUCAUUUCUGGACUACAUUAAAUUGGAUCAAGAAAUCCUUGUUGGUGCAGCAAGUCAAGUGCAGCGACUCAAGAUGUACCCUUAUUUCGAUUUGGCACAUUAUUUACUCAUGACUAUAUCAGUUCGCGAUGAUCUAGCUAGUGGAGCUGCACUAUUCUCCCGAAAACAUCCACUGAGUUGCUGGCUCUCCUCGAUGUUAAUGUGUUUUGCAGGCAGUAUUCUAGCUAACUUUCUUCUUGGUGAACCAGUCAUUGCACCUUUCAAGCGACACGAUGACAUUUUAUUGGCUUCAAUUGUUUGGUACUUUGUGUUUUAUUCUCCUUUCGACAUAGUCUAUAAAAUAUCAAGGCUUUUACCUGUACAAGUUAUGUUAAGUGUUAUGAAAGAAAUACGAAAAGCUUACAAGGUAAAUCAUGGAGUUUCAUAUGCUUCAAAAUUAUAUCCCAAUUCGUAUCUUGUACACAUUCUUGUGGGAACUGCUAGGGGAGCUGGUUCAGGAAUUUUGCGAACAGUUGAACAGCUUGUACGAGGUGUAUGGAUACCCACUCACAAUGAAGUGCUUCGACCAUCGUUCUCGACCAAAGCGUGUCUCAUCGUUUCAAUUAUUUUUGUAAUGGAUAAACAUUCGCGAUAUAUAUCUGCUCCACAUGAUAUCAUUUAUUUGACUGUCGUUGGCUUUUUUGUCUAUUUCAAACUAAGCGCCUUGUUGUUGAACGUUCAGGACCCAUUUGCACCUUUCGAGAACCUCUUCUGUGCAGUAUUUAUGGGUGGAAUUUGGGAUGCUAUGUCACGGGCCAUUACUGCUAGUCGAGAACGAAGAGCUGUUGGUCAGAAAGCAGAAAACGGGGCUUUACCUACAGAACCAAAGAAAGACUUGUAA